GCUGAGCCAAUGACUCUUGGCUCCCCAACGUCUCCCAAACCAGGUGCUGGUGCUCAGUUUCUUCCUGGAUUUUUGAUGGGCGAUCUGCCUGCUCCAGUGACUCCACAACCACGUGCUUUAAGUGGCCCUGCUGUUGGUAUAAUGGAAAUGAGGUCUCCUCUACUUGCAGGUGGCUCUCCCCCACAACCAGUAGUCCCUACACAUAAAGAUAAAAGUGGUGCUCCACCAGUUAGAAGCAUAUAUGAUGAGUUAUCUAGUCCUGGACUUGGAUCAACACCUCUAACCUCAAGACCACCCAGCUUUUCUGUAACGCAGAGCCCGUUGGUUGGAACUAUGCCAUCAACUCCUGGAACAGCCUCAAGUGUAUUCAGUCCUGCAAGUAUUGGACAGCCUAGGAAGACUACUCUCUCUCCUGCUCAGCUAGAUCCUUUUUAUACUCAGGGUGAUUCCCUAACUUCAGAAGAUCAACUUGAUGACACAUGGGUAACUGUAUUUGGAUUUCCUCAAGCAUCAGCUUCCUAUAUUCUUCUCCAGUUUGCUCAGUAUGGGAACAUAUUAAAGCAUGUGAUGUCCAACGCAGGAAACUGGAUGCACAUUCGAUAUCAGUCUAAGCUUCAAGCCCGGAAAGCCUUAAGCAAAGAUGGAAGAAUCUUUGGUGAAUCUAUCAUGAUUGGUGUCAAGCCUUGUAUAGACAAAAGCGUGAUGGAAAACUUUGAAAGAAGUUCUACAACCUCAGUGUCUUCAGUCUUUACUCCACCUAUGAAAUCCUUAGGCACACCAGUACAACCUGCAAAUACUACAAGAAUUUCUACAAUGAGACCUCUUGCAACAGCAUAUAAAGCUUCCACUAGUGACUACCAGGUGGUUUCUGACAGACAGACUCCUAGGAAAGAUGAAAGUAUUGUAUCUAAAGCAAUGGAGUAUGUGUUUGGCUGGUAAUAAACAAGAGGAAGUAACACACUAGGCAUGGCUAGCAUUUGAAAUCUACUACCAGCAUCCUUGGUUAGUUGUAUAACCACUGAUGGCAGUACUUUAACUUCCAUCUCACCUGUUAUGCCUUCUAUGAAUUCAGCAGACAUGUAGCUUGCACUUUAAAUGAUGGCAAUGUGCACACGGUUUUAAAAGUAUAAUCAGUGUAAAUUUAAGUGCUUUUUUCCUGUUUAUGCUUUGAUUGCAUGACUAAAGAAGAAACAUCAGCACUGACUUCUUUCCCUGUAAUUACCUCUUGUAAAUUACUUUCCAGUAAGUUGGAGAUGUUUAAAGUGGCAGCCUUAUCUGCUGAUGCAUUUAAUCUUAUCGGCUUCCCCCCCACCCUGGAAGAUGACGGGCUUUUUGCAGGAAGAACACUGUACAGCUGGUUCCCAGGGAUAAGGAUUGUUUUUAGUACAUGUGAUUUUAAUUUUUUUAUUUGGAUUCCUUGCUGUUUUAUAAUUAUCUCUGGCAUCCUGUUCUAAAUGUCAUAACAAUCUUUUAACUCUUUAUCCUACGUUUUGUUAAUAAAGCUAAAUAAAAUUCG